CCCGAUGUCCCCGAGGAUUUGGUGGCCAAGAUGGCCGAGGCCGAGCGGCUGUGGGAGGCCAACGCCCGCCUGGCCAAGGAUCACCUGCUGGGGGCAGUUCCAGACGCCAGCAAGCUCUGGUUCACUGGUGGCCCCACCAGCCCCGGUGCCUGUGGGGUGGCCGAGCGGUGCCAAAGAGCCACCGAGGACAUCCCGAGGCUCCUUCAAACCCCAGAGAGUCCCCAAAGUGUCCCCAGGGAGUCCCCAGUGAGCCUGGAGCUCCAAGAGCUGUCCCCGGCCCUGCUGCAGCCACAGGUCACCGCGGUGGCCACCCUGGGCGAGCUGCUGGCCACCCUGCCCAGGUGGGACGAGGAGAUGAUGAUGCUGCUCGAGUCCCCAAGGUGCCUGUACAGUGAACUGUUGGGCUUCACCGAGGAGUUCCGCUGCACCCCCUAUGGCAUUGAUGAAGCCUGGUUCCGCCGCAAUGGCACCUCUGAGGAUCCAACUCCCACGUCCCUGAGCCGGGCCCUGGCCGCCUACAGGAGCACCCCAUGGACCACCUGGUUCCAUGUGAGGCUGGCGGCCAGCGAGUGGCAGGAGGCGGUGGAUGGGCGAGUUGAGAUCUGGGCCGACCUGGCCAGGAAAGCCACCAAGCUCCGCAAUGCCUGCAGGGCGACGGUCACUGAGCUGACUCACAAGGUGGCCACCAACACCGCCCGGGCCAGGGAGCUGCAGGCCGAGGCUGCCCGUGAUGGGACAGCUCAGGAACACAUGGGGGAGCUGGGUCAGGCCCUGGGCAGGGAUGAGGGGGCCGAGGUGGUGGCCAGGUGUGAAGCCCGGCCACCGCCUUCAACCGGGAGCUGCAGCGCAGGGUUGGGGACAUCAAGGCCGCCCUAA